ACACACUUCCGGCUGCAAUUUGCCAUUCUUUCUCUCUUUCUUGCUGCUUCUUCGGUAAGCCCUAAAAGCCAGUGUGGUUCCCAUUCGCCGUUGAUGGCGGAUGAAUGGCUCUCCUCCUAAAUAACGGCCGACACCGCCGUACCUUCCGCCUAUCGUCCUCUUUAGCGUGCGAUGGCCUCCGGUUCCCCUCCGCCGACUCACGCCCUCCAGAUCCGAUCACGCCGCCACGGGAAGACGGGUCGGGAGACGGAGGCUGGGGAGGAGGAGGAGGGGGAAGGCCGGUGCGCCUCUCUCGUGGUCCUCCUCUGCCCCUGCCUCGUUCUCCUGAUCCUCCUCAUCAUCGUCGCCUCCAUCGUCCUCGCCGUCAAGUUCCGCCUUUUCUGCCGCGGUCCCUUCCGUGCAACUAUCGCCCACCUCAUCUACAAGGACAAGUGCCGCGGUUCCUCCUGAACCCUGCAUCUCCUUCUUUCUCCACCUCCUCCGGCUCCCCUUCCCCCUCCGACACUGAUGCUGAUCCCGAUGCCGACCCCGAUCCCACCUGCUCGACACAAUUAAGACCGUCGGACCCCAAGGAGGUGGAGCGGGUGUGCAAGGUAAUCGAAGACCUCUUUGUCUCCGACCGAAACAUGGAGGCCGUGCUCGAUGAGUGCAACAUCGACCUCAACCCUUCCCUUGUGAUCGACGUCCUCGAACGCUUCCGCCACGCCCACAAGCCAGCAUAUCGAUUCUUUCGGUGGGCAGGUGAGCGCUCAGGAUACUCCCACGAUUCUGAUACCUACACCAAGAUGCUGAGCGUCCUCGGGAAGACUCGGCAGUUCGAGACGAUGGUGGCAUUGCUUGAAGAAAUGGGAAACAAGGGAUUUCUGAAUAUGGAUGCCUUCAAGAUUGCGAUCAAAGCCUUUGCAGCCGCACGCGAGAUGAAGAAAUCCAUGGGGAUUUUUCAGCUAAUGAAAAGAUUCAACUUUGAGGCAGGGCUGGAGACAUUCAACUGCUUGAUUGAAGCCUUGGCGAAAGGAAAGCUCGGGAAGGAAGCUCAAGCACUGUUUGAGAAGUUGAAGGAUCAGUACCCGCCUGAUCUCCGGACUUAUACCCUGCUCCUUCUAGGGUGGUGCAAGCUGAAGAAUCUAGUGGAGGCUGGAAGGGUUUGGAAUGAGAUGUUGGAUAAGGGAUUCAAGCCAGAUGUUGUUGUACAUAACACAAUGGUUGAUGGACUGAUUCGGGGACACAGAAGGUCAGAUGCGAUCAAGCUUUUUGAGCUGAUGAAAGCUAAGGGGCCAGCACCAAAUGCUAGGACAUAUACAAUCUUGAUACGAGACCUUUGCAAGGUUGGAAAGAUGGACCUGGCAGUCAAUUGUUUCCGGGAAAUGCUGGAUGAUGGGUGUCAGCCGAAUGUUGCAACCUACACUUGCUUGAUUGUGGGGUUUGGAAAUGCACGGCAGAUGGAUAAAGUUUCAGGAUUGCUGAGGGAGAUGACCGAGAAAGGAUGCCCACCAGAUGCACAGACAUACAAUGCUUUGAUAAAGCUUAUGACCAAUAGGAACUUACCAGAUGAUGCUGCUAGGAUUUACAAGAAGAUGAUUAACAAAGGCUUUGAGCCAACGUUUCACACAUAUAAUAUGAUGAUGAAGUCUUACUUCCAUGGAAAUAAUUAUGAAAUGGGCUGUGAAGUGUGGGAAGAAAUGGGUCGACAGGGGAUUUGUCCUGAUGUUAAUUCUUACACAGUCUUUAUUGGAGGGCACAUACGGCAUGGAAGGCCACAGGAGGCACACAGAUACAUAGAGGAGAUGAUAAGCAAAGGAAUGAAAGCUCCUCAGAUAGACUACAAUAAGUUUGCAGCUGAUUUUUCUAGGGUCGGAAAGCCUGAUAUGCUAUAUGAGUUGGCACAGAAAAUGAAUUUCUCUGGGAAGUUUGAGGUUUCCAAUGUUUUCUAUGGUUGGGCAGAGAGAAUGAAGAACAGGGUCAAAAGGAGAGUUCCCAAUCAGACUGGGAAAUGCCUUUUCUAAGACUAGAGAGUAGUGUCAGGAAGAGAGUUUCCAACCGAACUAGAACAAGCCUUUACUCAGACUAUUUGGAACAUCUUCGUAACAUUUAGUUUAUUCUUUUCUUCUGGUAUGCAACUAUUGAGUCCCUCUUUUAGUAUGCCUUGGCACUUCAGAGAAAGUUCAAGAAGGGCUGAUGUUUUAUGUAUAAUUUGUAUUCAGUCUUUGCAGAAUUUCUAGUUUUGUUCUCCUUGUUCGGUGUCUGUAGAAGCCUUAAACUAAUUUAUCCAGUCAUACCUUGUGCAUUACUUGCA